UGGGAAUUUUGUCUGCUUAGUUCUUCCAGUAAUAUCAUCAAUACCCCCUGGCUCCCAACAAGAUAGGAAGGGUAGGUUUGAGGGAGGUACUACUUCUUUGGUCAGAAGACACCCCAGCCUAACUUCCUCUUUGACAAUAUUCCUGACUUUUGGAAAAAGCUUUUCCUUGGCUAUAAAGUCUGCUCCUUCUGCCCUCAUUUCCAAAUUUGGGGGGCAAUGGAGCAAGAACUCUGCUUGAACCCCUCAGCUAAGGCCAGCCAGAUACCCCUUCCUACCUAGAGGGCCUUUCUCAUGCGACUGAGUGUCUCCGUUUGGGGCUGCAGGCCUGUGAAGGGUUAAGCGAGCCACACCCUCAGCAGGAACAGCCUCGGACUUUGUGCUGAGCAGCCAUCUCAGGGCUCGCCUGGCUUGACUGGCACAGGGAGCCCUGGCUGGAGGAGGCUGCACAGAGGAAGGUCAGAAUCGUGGACACUGGGAAGAGCAGGGUCGAAUAUUUCCUGUCUUCCCUGACACCAUGGACAGCUCCCAUUAACGAGGGCACCUCUCCAAGCCUUGGGGCCUGGGACUCCUAUGCCCCCUUCCUGUCAAACUGGGAUUUCAUCCACCAUUCUCCAAGAGACACUGAAGUUACAUCCUAGUUCCAGUGUUGUUACUGGCCUCUAAAGCUGAGCAGACAUCAACAGACUGAUCCCAGGAUCAGUUGCUCCUCUGGACAUGACUCUCCUCGAAGGGUGCAUUGGGGUGGAGGACCUUGUGCUCCUGGAACCCCUGGAGCAGGAGUCUCUGAUCAAGAACCUCCAACUGCGCUAUGAAAAGGGGGAGAUUUAUACCUACAUUGGGAACGUGUUGGUCUCAGUGAAUCCCUACCAACAGCUGCCCAUCUAUGGCCCAGAGUUCAUUGCCAAAUACUGUGACUAUACCUUCUACGAGCUGAAGCCCCAUAUCUAUGCACUGGCAAAUGUGGCGUACCAGUCACUGAGGGACCAGGACCAAGACCAGUGUAUCCUCAUCACGGGCGAGAGUGGAGCUGGCAAGACAGAGGCUAGUAAGCUAGUGAUGACUUACGUGGCGGCUGUCUGUGGGGAAGGGGAACGGGUGAACUCUGUGAAGGAGCAACUGCUUCAGUCAAAUCCAGUGCUGGAGGCUUUUGGCAAUGCCAAGACCAUUCGCAACAACAACUCCUCUCGAUUUGGAAAAUACAUGGAUGUUGAGUUUGACUUCAAGGGAUCCCCCCUUGGUGGUGUCAUCACGAACUAUCUGCUUGAGAAAUCCCGCGUGGUGAAGCACCUUGAAGGAGAAAGGAACUUCCACAUCUUCUAUCAGCUACUGGCUGGAGCAGAUCCACAGCUGCUGAAGGCCCUGAAGCUUGAACGGGACACAAAUGGCUAUGCCUACCUGAACCCGGGGGCAUCCAGGGUGGAUGGCAUGGACGACACUGCCAACUUCAAGGCCCUCCAGAGUGCAAUGACUGUGAUUGGGUUCUCCAAGGAGGAGAUUCGGCAGGUGCUGGAGGUGGUGGCCCUGGUGUUGAAGCUGGGGAAUGUGGAACUGGCAGACGAGUUCCAGGCCAAUGGGGUACCAGCAAGUGGCAUUCGUGAUGGGAAAGGUAUUCAAGAGAUUGGGGAAAUGGUGGGUUUGAAUUCAGCGGAACUAGAGAGAGCUUUGUGCUCAAGGACCAUGGAAACGGCCAAAGAAAAAGUGGUCACUGCACUGAAUGUCGUUCAGGCUCAGUACGCUCGGGAUGCUCUGGCUAAGAACGUCUACAGCCGCCUUUUCAACUGGCUAGUGAAUCGAAUCAAUGAGAGUAUCAAGGUGGGCACUGGGGAGAAAAGGAAGGUCAUGGGGGUCCUGGAUAUCUAUGGCUUUGAAAUAUUAAAGGAUAAUAGCUUUGAGCAAUUUGUGAUCAACUACUGCAAUGAGAAGCUACAGCAGGUGUUCAUAGAGAUAACGCUGAAAGAGGAGCAAGAGGAAUAUAAGAGAGAGGGCAUACCGUGGGUGAAGGUGGACUACUUUGAUAAUGGCAUUAUCUGUAACCUCAUUGAGCAUAAUCAACGAGGCAUCCUGGCCAUGCUGGACGAGGAGUGCCUGCGGCCUGGGAUGGUCAGUGACUCCACCUUCCUAGCAAAGCUGAACCAGGUCUUCUCCAAGCAUAAUCACUAUGAGAGCAAAGUCACCCAGAACGCCCAGCACCAGUAUGACCACAGCAUGGGCCUCAGCUGCUUCCGCAUCUGCCACUAUGCGGGCAAGGUGACCUACAAUGUGAACAGCUUCAUCGACAAGAAUAACGACCUACUCUUCCGGGACUUGUCCCAGGCCAUGUGGAAGGCCCAGCACCCCCUCCUUCGGUCCUUGUUUCCUGAGGGUGAUCCAAAGCAGGCAUCUCUCAAACGCCCCCCAACUGCUGGGGUCCAGUUCAAGGGUUCUGUGGCCAUCCUCAUGAAGAACCUGUAUUCCAAGAGACCCAACUACAUCAGGUGUAUAAAGCCCAAUGAGCAUCAGCAGCGAGGUGAGUUCUCCUCGGAGCUGGUGGCCAUCCAAGCUCGGUACCUGGGGCUGCUGGAGAAUGUGCGGGUGCGACGAGCAGGCUAUGCCUACCGCCAGGCCUACGGGUCCUUCCUGGAAAGGUACCGAUUGCUGAGCCGGAGCACUUGGCUUCGCUGGGACGGUGGAGACCGGGAGGGGGUCGAGAAGGUCCUGGGGGAGCUGAGUGUGUCCUCAGAGGAGGUGGCCUUUGGGAAGACAAAGAUCUUCAUCAGGAGCCCCAGGACUCUUUUCUACCUGGAAGAUCAGAGGCGCCUACGAAUCCACCAGCUGGCCACACUCAUACAGAAGACGUACCGAGGCUGGCGCUGCCGCGUCCACUACCAACUGAUGCGCAAGAGUCAGAUCCUCAUUUCCUCUUGGUUUCGGGGCAACAUGCAAAAGAAACGCUAUGGGAAGAUGAAGGCAUCAGCAUUGUUGAUCCAGGCUUUUGUGAGAGGUUGGAAGGCCCGCAAGAAUUAUCGAAAGUACUUCCGGUCAGAGGCUGCCCUCACCUUGUCAGAUUUCAUCUACAAGAGCAUAGCACGGAAAUUCCUACUGGGGCUGAAGAACGAUUUGCCGUCUACCAAUGUCUUGGACAGAAGGUGGCCAGCUGCCCCUUACAAGUACUUCAACACAGCUAACCACGAGCUUCAGAAGCUCUUCUACCAAUGGAAGUGCAAGAAAUUCCGGGAUCAGCUGUCCCCGAAGCAGGUAGAGGUCCUAAGGGAGAAGCUCUGUGCCAGCGAACUGUUCAAGGGCAAGAAGGCUUCAUACCCCCAGAGUGUCCCUAUUCCAUUCCACGGUGACUACGUUGGGCUGCAAGGAAACCCCAAGCUACAGAAGCUGAAGGGCGGGGAGGAAGGGCCUGUUCUGGUGGCUGAGACUGUGAUGAAGGUCAACCGUGGCAAUGGCAAGACUUCCUCUCGAAUUCUCCUUCUGACCAAGGGGCAUGUGAUUAUCUCAGACACCAAGAAUUCCCGGGCCAAGACUGUCGUCGCACUAAACAGUGUGGCCAGGGUGUCAGUCACCAGCUUCAAGGAUGGGCUUUUUAGCUUGCAUCUGAAUGAGAUAUCAUCAGUGGGCUCCAAGGGGGACUUCCUGCUGGUCAGCAAGCAUGUGAUUGAACUGCUGACCAAAAUGUACCGGGCUGUGCUGGAUGCCACGCAGAGGCAGCUUCCAGUCACCGUGACUGAGGAGUUCUCAUUGAGGUUCAAGGAGAGCAGCUUGGCUGUCAAGGUCAUCCAGGGCCCUGGGGGUGGUGGGAAUGGCAAGCUGAGCUGCAAGAAGAAGGGGAGUCGUUGCCUGGAGCACCAGCAGCGUGUGUGGGGAGCAGACAGUGCUCCCGGCCAGCUCCCUGAUCCUGCCAGAGCAUCUGCCCCAGGCUCAGAGCCGCUCCACAGGCGUCAUGAGGAGUGUCCCGCUGUUUGCAGUUAUCCUGGCCCUCAGCUUGGCUCGGAGUUUUGGGGCGGUCUGUGAGGAGUCACAGGAACAGGGGGUGCCCGGUGGGAGCCACAGCAAGGUCCGAGAGGAUGAGGGAAAUUGGGACGGAACGGGAGUAGGAUGUAUGUGUG